UACUGCACUCAUAUGACAAACCAAACGACGGGGUUUACAACCACAUUCCAGCCCAGGAUCUAUUUGGGAUUAUAGAACACAUCCUCCGUAAUAAAUAUUUCGUUAAUUUCGAUUGAAGAAAAAUUUCGCGGACAAGAGAAAGAUUAGGAUGACACAGUUUUGAUUGUCUAGGUAACAUUAACAUAAGUUAGUAUAUUACUGGCGAGGCGAACAAUUGUUCACGAGCAUCGUGCUUUGCUUGAAUUGCCAUGCACGAAGGUUAAAAAAAGAAACAUUGGAAUCCAUGCUGUCGUUCAAAGAGGAUUCAAUGAAAAUGUCUGUCUGCACUCACGAGAACCGCAAGUCGAGAGGCAGUAGUGAGUCCAUGAACAUCUUCCUGUUCCACAAGUCCUCUUACGCCGACAGCGUCCUCAUGCACCUCAACUCCCUGCGGCAGCAGCGGCUGUUUACCGACGUCCUGCUGCAUGCCGGCACACGCUCCUUCCCCUGCCACCGCGCCGUGCUCGCGGCCUGCAGCCGCUACUUCGCUGCAAUGUUCAGCGGUGGGCUACGGGAGAGCCAGGCCAGCGAGGUGGACUUCCGGGACUCGGUCCACCCCGAGAUUCUGGAGCUGCUCCUGGACUACGCCUACUCUUCACGUGUCGUCAUCAAUGAGGAGAAUGCAGAGUCGCUCCUUGAGGCCGGAGACAUGCUGGAAUUCCAGGACAUCCGAGACGCGUGUGCAGAGUUCCUGGAGAGGAACCUGCACCCGUCCAACUGUCUGGGGAUGUUGCUCCUUGCCGACGCGCAUCAGUGCACUAAGCUGUCCGAACUCUCCUGGGGAAUGUGCCUUGGUAACUUCCCGGCCAUCUGCAAGACGGAAAACUUCCUGCGGCUGCCGAAAGACAUGGCAGUCCAGCUGCUGUCGCACGAGGAGCUGGAGACGGACGACGAGAGGGUUGUCUAUGAAACCGCCCUCAGCUGGAUAAACUACGACCUGGAGCAGCGCCUCUGCCACCUCCCGGAACUCCUGAGGGCUGUCCGGCUGGCACUGCUGCCCGCCAUCUUCCUCAUGGAGAACGUCUCCACAGAGGAGCUGAUCAACGCCCAGGCCGAAAGCAAACAGCUGGUGGACGAGGCCAUCCGCUGCAAGCUCAGGAUCCUGCAGAACGAGGGCGUGGUCACCAGCCCGCUGGCCCGGCCACGGAAGACCAGCCACGCCCUCUUCCUGCUGGGCGGACAGACCUUCAUGUGCGACAAGCUCUACCUGGUGGACCAGAAGGCCAAGGAGAUCAUCCCAAAAUCCGACCUGCCGAGCCCCAGGAAGGAGUUCAGCGCCUGCGCCAUCGGCUGCAAGGUGUACGUGACAGGUGGGCGGGGCUCCGAGAAUGGGGUCUCCAAAGAUGUCUGGGUGUACGACACGUCCCACGAGGAGUGGUCUAAGGCAGCUCCCAUGCUGAUUGCUCGGUUUGGCCACGGUUGUGCCGAACUCAAAAACUGUCUUUACGUGGUGGGCGGACACACGGCUGGCACCGGCUGCCUCCCGGCCUCCCCCUCCGUCUCCCUCAAGCAGGUGGAGAAGUACGACCCAGUCAGCAACCAGUGGGCCAUGGUGGCCCCUCUCAGGGAAGGGGUUAGCAACGCAGCCGUCGUCAGCGUGAAGCUCAAGCUGUUUGCGUUCGGUGGCACUAGUGUUACCCACGACAAGCUCCCCAAGGUGCAGUGUUACGACCCUCAGCAGAACCGCUGGAGUGUCCCGGCCUCCUGCCCGCAGCCCUGGCGCUACACCGCUGCCGCUGUCCUCAACAACCAGAUCUUUGUCAUGGGAGGGGACACCGAGUAUUCUGCGUGUUCGGCAUACAGAUUCAGCAGUGACAGCUACCAGUGGACCAAGGUUGGAGAUGUGGCGGCCAAGCGGAUGAGCUGCCAGGCGGUGGCUUCCGGAAAUAAACUGUUUGUUGUGGGCGGGUAUUUCGGGACCCAGCGGUGUAAGACCUUGGACUGCUACGACCCAACGCUGGACGCUUGGAACAGCAUCACGACUGUGCCCUACUCCCUGAUCCCCACUGCCUUCGUCAGUACCUGGAAACAUCUACCGGCCUAACCUUUUCAGAGCCUCCCAAGAGAAGAAGAGAGGAGGAGCAGGAGGAGCAG